GUGGACUGUUGCUGAAUGAAAAUAACAGAGGCCAUUUUGCGCACGGAGCCACGGCAUCAUUCAAUAAUAAUAAAAAGCGGAAACAGGAGGCAGGCUCAGUCCAUUUCGGGACAGACGGGAGUGUUUGAGAGCCGGCGGAGCGGUGUGAGAGCUGCGGGACCGCGGUGCGACUGGCGGCGUAGUCAAACACACAAAAACACAGCGGCAUGCGGUAACUACUUGUGUCGCCGCGUCGCCUCUUCCGUGGUGGUUUGUGUGUUGUGAGGGGGAAAAACGGGGACAGGACGACUUCACCGCAUUGCUAUCCGAGCCCUUGUGACCCCCGAGAGAGGGAGUUGUCUUUACUUAGCUGACCGACACCGGCGACAUCCAUGCGCGUCGAAAAACAGGUGUACAGUUUCAUCACACGGACGCCGCACUAGCUCGCGAGCCUCUGCUGCAGCUCGCGGUCUGUCUGCUCCGAGUUGAGUCAUUACACAUGGAAGAGGCUGAUUACCUGACAAUGUGCUGCGGGAUUAGUGGAGAGAGGCGACGGUCGUUUUAAGGCAUUAAACGGGAUAAGACCUGGGAAUAAAGCCUGACUGGGAGGAGAGACUUAUCCUGAGCGGAGGGAAGAAGACGUAUAAACAAAUCAGAACAUAACAAGACAAAGCGUGAGGAAGAGGCAGUUGGGCUCGCAGCUCACCUAUACCUGACUCUUCCUAGCAAGUCUCCAGUCUUUUGGUUUUAUGACGGAAAGUGUGUCUCCCUGCUGCGUAUCAGUAAGAAGUGCUCUUCAAUAUGAAUACAGAUAGCGGAGGAUGCUCUCGCAAAAGCGUGGCCUUGUCACUCAUGCUCUCUCCCAUGAAGAGGGUCCAGAGCUCACCAAAUCUAGGCACAGGGAGUGAUUCUCACUCAUCAGACUUGGAUUCUUGGCGGUCACGCAGUGCAACAGAUGGCCUUAAGAAUGGAGACGCCAGCAGCUCUUCUCUCGCUGCCAAAGGCUUCCGCAGUGUCAGACCCAACCUGCAGGACAAAAAGUCACCAACACAGGACAUCAAUCACGUGCCGUUGCCACCCCCCAGGAGAGAGAGUUUCUCCUUCUCACCCACAGGCACUAACCCGCCAGAGUACAGCUCCCUUGUUGCCCUGGCUAAUGAUUUCAGCCCUGGAACGCUAACAUUCACGCAGAACGAGAAAGCCGUUUUGAAAGAGUCCUACACUAUUAAAAGCACAUCUUCUUACUCCUACUCAGAGACCAAUGCAAACUCAGUCCAGCAGGCACAGCAGUCCACUGUCCAGAAUGAUAUCACCAAUUGUAUUGCAUCUGCCGCCACUAAUACACAGGCCCAGGAGCGUAAGGUGUCUUCCCUUAAAAUAACCCCCGUCACCAUCCCUGACCCCCCGGCUCACAGCAACUCUUACUGUGACCCCCUGCCUAAGACCCAGACCACAGGCUCCCCUCCACCCACUUCCCCGCCUCCACAGACAACCUUCUCACAGCCCCUGACACAGGCAGCCUCGCUCACUGUCCACUUGGGCCCAGAGAAUCCGAAACAUCCACAGCGUCAGCCUUCAAGCAACACAGUGGAGCUCAAGGUCCCAGAUCGAGCCUCAAAUCAAACCUCAAGUCCAGCUCCAUCCCAGGUGGAGAUGACGAAGGCUCCUGAGGUUCCACCAAGACCUUCUCCUGCACAGUUGUUGGGCCAGGUCCUCUCUCACGCUAUGAAUGGAAGUACUAGCCAUCCACAGAGGCCCCUCUCUCCUCCAUCCUAUCCUCCUCCACCCACCUCACUCCACACUGGGCUCCAGAGACAGAGCAGGAGUUCAGAGGGCAGUGAGUCAGUUACCAGAGAGUCUGUGGUGUCGGGCCACACCAGCGUCAGCAGCACUGUGCCCAUCGCCCGCUUCUCGGAAGAGGAGAAAAAGGUGUCCAUUAUUAAAGCACCUCAUUAUGAAGGCAUCGGCCCCGUGGACGACUCUGGCAUCCCCAUCGCCAUCCGCACAACGGUGGAUAGGCCUAAGGACUGGUACAAGACUAUGUUCAAACAGAUCCACAAGGUUCACAAAGCGGACGAUGACUAUUCUGACACAUAUAAUGCAACAUACGCUGUCAUAAACAAUGAUGACUACAGCCUGCCACCCCACACCACCAUGGCUCACCCCGCUCCCCGGACACAUACGUACAGGCCGCUCGCCAAAAGCCCCUCGGACAAUGGAGGGCAACUGGGCCCUCGGGAGCCUUCGCCAUCCCCCGUUCCCCCACCGCCUCCGCCAAUGCCAUCUCUCCUCCAGCUGAGGGCCAGAGACAGUGACCGUGAGAGAGACUCGCCUGACACGAAUGAAUGGGGUCCCCCCAACAGGAAAGUGGACACACGAAAGUACCGUGCAGAGCCUAAGAGUAUUUUUGAGUAUGAGCCUGGGAAGUCCUCCAUUUUGGAGCAUGAAAGACCAACCUAUGAUGACAUAGAUUUAGAGAACGAGCCUUGGUAUAAGUUCUUUUCCGAGCUGGAGUUUGGGCGGCCGCCUCCUAAAAAACGGCUGGAUUAUAAUCCAGACAUCUCCGCUCGCCAGCGCAUUGAGACAUCCCUGCACAUCGCUCCUGCUGACAAGGCUCCGGAGAGACCUGCGAGUGCUGCCAGCGACUACAGGAAGAGAAGGAAGUCUGAGCCGACGAGUUCCCAAGUGAAUGCUCAGUCUCAGAGCAGAGCUGCAACUUCCCCUAAACCAGUGGAUGCCUACAGACCCAGCAGCAGCCUCAAGAAGCCUGCGGUUCGUUCCUCACCAUCCUCACCCUCCAGAGCCAAAGACCAGGAUGUCUCCAGGUGUUAUUCCACCAUGGAUGGACGCCACACACCCCAGAGUAGAAGACCUACUCCUGACAGAGAGAAACAGCCUGCGAGAGCCAUUUAUGAUUUUAAGGCACAAACAGCUAAGGAGCUGUCAUUUAAGAAGGGUGAUGCAGUCAACAUCAUCCGGCAGAUAGACAACAACUGGUAUGAAGGAGAGCAUCGUGGGCGGGUUGGGAUAUUACCCAUAUCAUAUGUAGAAAAGAUGCCAUCCUCAGAGAGGCAGCAGCCAAUUCGUCCUCCUCCGCCAGCACAUGUCAGAGAGAUCGGAGAGGCAGUAGCUCGCUACAACUUCAACGCUGAUACUAAUGUGGAGCUGUCUCUCAGAAAGGGCGAGAGAAUAAUUGUGAUAAGGCAGGUGGACCAGAACUGGUACGAGGGGAAGAUCCCAGACACAACCAAACAGGGCAUCUUUCCUGUGUCCUACGUUGACAUCAUCAAGCGCUCCCCAGCCAAGAGCUCCGCCCACCACAUAGAUCCACAUGGUUACCCGAGCAGCAGGACACCAAGUUCUACACCUGUCAAGCCUUUCUACCAUCUACCUCCAUCCUCCACUCUCCGUGACCCCCUGUCCCCUCAGCCCUCCCUGCGGAGGCCUGACCUGCAAGCUGUCACCAGCGAGUGGCUGUCCCUCACAAUGGACCCAUCAGCGUCCACUCCAGCUCACUCCCUCACAACCACCCCUAUACCACCCACACCUCCCCCUCUCCCCGCUGACCUUACCCCUUUCCUAAAGGCUCAGGAGUCGAAGCCACCAUCACCUGCGCCGUCCCAAAGAGGCUUCACCCUGCCGCCUCAGAGGUUUUCUGUAACUCCUCCCUUUAAAGAAGGGAGACUUGGUUUAGGUCACACCCCUGUUGCCCUACCUUUCUCACAACCAGCACCACUACCACCUCCACCUCCUCCUCCUCCUCCACCCCCUCUUCCUCAUUCUGCAUUUACUUCUCCACUGUCUGACUUUUCACUGCGAUACAACAGUGGCAGAGCUCCGCCAUUACACAUUUCUAAGCCAGAGAUUUUAUCCUGCACAGUGCCAGAGCCAAUAAAGUCACCCACACAAGUUCCUCUGCGGCACAAGUCAAAUGUGGAAGAUGUUAUGCCACAAGCUAUAGACCCUUAUGACAAGCUGUUGUCCAUGAUUCUGGAUGGUUCUACCAGUACAGACGAUGCUGGCUUUUCAAGAUUGUCUCCAGUAGAUUCACCUCCACCUACACUAACCAGUGAAUCCCAGAGCAGGUUUAAACUAAACGAAAAAGAAGAAUCCCAUCAGCCAGCAGUGAAACCCCCAGCAGUUACUCCAGCCAGCGACUCGGCAGGCAGCGUUCGGUUAGAGAUGCCGUUUCACAAGCUUGUGACGAUGGAGCCACUUUCCAUCACUUGGGAGGGGCAGUCAAAAACUCUAAGUGAGCAACCGGUUGAGUCGCAGAGACCACCAUCGGUGAAAGGAAGGGGAUUUACUGAGUUGUUCAUUGAGGAAGAGGAUGAAGUUAGUGAGGACAAAGAGGACAUUAAAGGUUUAAAUGAGAGGCUCAGUCCACAGGCUGAUGUCUCUCCUUCUACUCUGACACGGCUUCCUCACCCCGGCCUCCCCUCGCCCUCCACAGCACCACCUCUGACCUCCUUACCUCCUCUGUCCUCUUCUUUUACUUCUUCUUUUACUCCUUUGUUGUCGUCUGUCUCCCGGUCACAACAGCAGGAUCGUACCCCCAUCCCUCCCUCCAUCCCUCCCUCUCCGCCUGUCUCCCCUCGGCCCCCAUCCCUUCCUCGCCUCAUGACAUCGCCGCUACCCGCAGUCUCUCCCUCUCCACCUGUCUCACCCCUUCCUCUCCACCCCUCUUCAGCUGUUCCCUCACAGCGCCCUGUCUCUCACCCUCCAAGCUCUCCCUGUCUUCCUCCUGUCACAUCCUGCACUGGCACAGAGUCACCUAUUCCUCUUCCUACUCAGACUCCCCAUAAACCUGCCUCUCCUCCCCUCGCCACUCCACGCUCUCCCCCCACUAUCCCCGCUGUACCCCAUCCAGGACGUAGGUCUCCCAAGGUGAAGGAUCCAGUUGUUGGUGGUAAACCUCCUCGUAGCCCCAUCCUGACUCGGAGGUCCUAUCUGUCCCCCAUUAGAGGUCGAAGGCGAUUAGUACAGGAUGCGCUCCAUGGCGGAGGAGACCCGUACCAGGCCGUGUACAACUAUCUGCCUCGCAACGAGGAUGAGCUGGAGCUGAAGGAGGGCGACAUUGUAGAUGUGAUGGAAAAGUGUGAUGAUGGCUGGUUUGUUGGGACCUCUCGAAGGAGCAAGUUGUUUGGAACCUUCCCAGGAAACUAUGUGAAGCAGCUAUAAUGAUGAUUCCAGACUCCCUCCCCUCCCCUCUGGCCCCGCCUCUUCCUGUGACACAUUCAUCACCCUCAGCACAGCACCCGCAGGACACCACCUACCAACACUGGUCCCCCAAGACCUGUCGCACAUUUCUGUGUUUGCGUGUUAUGUGUGGCUGGUCAGCUUCACACAGACAGAACAUUUAGCUCUAACUAGCCAUCUUUAAAGGAAGUCUUCUAUAAAAUAAUGUUGUUUUUUUAAUCUUAUCUUUUUAUCCUUAUUUUUCUAUCAUGGAGAACUCAAACUUUGUGCUCCAGUCAGUGACCUUUAACUUUUGACUGUGAUAGAAGGAUGUGAAAAGAACUUUGCAAACAGUCAAAGAUAGAAAACAGGGCACGGCAGCGAUGCUUUUCUUCCUGUUAAAGGGCAGUAAGAUCACUUUUUUUAUUUUCCCGCAGUAUCUCAAACAUAAAAACACUUGUUACAUUUCAUAUCAGUGUUCACUAACAAAUAUCCCCAAAGACGUUACAGUGCAGAGAGUGUUGUAAACAGUAUUCUGUCAGCAGGUCUGUUGUGUACAAGCUGUGUUGAAGGGAUUGCAGCCAUGCAGCUGAUAUUUCAGGUAAAAGGAUGUUAGAUCCCACGCUUACAGGACUGUAAAAAAUGUGCAUGUAUCAAUGUUAUGUGUCGCCCGAGGUGCUGAUUGGUUGAUAAGAAUUUGGGGAUAUGAAACACGAUCAUUAUGAAGCAAUCAUUUCGCAUCUUAUCGCAAAUGAGGAAGUGGGAAAAAUAUCAUCAGCACUGUUGCACUUGCUGUCUAAACCUAAUACAAUAGAUUUAAAGUGUAAGAUUAGAAAACACAAAAAUAUUUUGGACUUGUUGGUUCUUCAUCUUCACACUAGGAUUAAUGCACUUUAACAAAACUUUAACGUAAUUUCGUGUGUUUUAUCUCAAAUGUCACUUCAGAUUUUACACACCAGGUGUUAAAGGUUCAGUGUGAAGGAUUUAGUGGCAUAUAAUGGCAGAAAUUGAACAUAAUAUAACAAUUAUGUUUUCUUUAGUGUAUAAUCACCUGAAAAUAAGAACAGUCGUGCCUCCAUGACCUGAGAAUGAGUCGUUUAUAGAGCCGUACACAUGCCUCGUUUUGCGCCCUUAAAUUCAUUGUUUUCAAUGUUGACAAGCGCCUACGUUUCAGGGCGCAGCAGCUGUGCCCCAAGAUAAACCAAGUGUAACUUUUGGAACACAGCAGUGUGCCUGCCAAUCACAGCAGACAGAUACCUUUCCCUUCUUUCGUAAAUCUCAGUCUGUGGUAACUAUAGAAAAGUUGAUUAUUUUGGUGCAGGACUGCCAGAGCUUUUCAUCUGUCCCACGGACAGCGCCUGGAAGAAGAUCAGCUCUGCACUCAGGAUUUCAGGUUAAUAGGCUAUGAUACGGUGCUUGUUGAGGUUGCUUGGCAACCACAGACACAACAUGCCGGCGCACUCCUGAAAGCUGGCUCGAAAAAGGCACAAAAGAAGUGCCCAGGACCCGACCUCAAAUUUCCCAGGCGGUUAAAGACGCAGCAUGUGUACCAAUCCCGUUAUCUACAUAGGGAGCGGGUUCUCAUCCACGGGGAUGGCUCUGUUACACCACCAUGUUUCUACAGUGGCCCAGAAUGGACAAACUAAACACUGGCUCUAGACAGGGUCAUUCCCGUUCUUUGGAUUUUCGGCCAUUGUAGUUAGCAGCCCCUUUGUGACGAGCAGUGUUGGAAAAACACUAAUUGUUUUUAACGUGAAACUGCAUUAUUCACUGUUUUUACCAGUUUCAAUCACCUCGUCCAUUUGUCUCGGAAAGGAGGAGACCUCUGCUGAUAAUUUAGCGCCUAAACAAUCAACACCAAAGGAAUCUUAACCGGGAGUUUAUGCUUGGUACAUGGCAGAAGUUCAAUUUGUGGUAAUCUGCAGUCCUCACCACUAGAGGCCACUAAAUCCUUCACACUGCUCCUUUAAAAUGUCCGUGGGCCUUUGCAGUAUAUUGGUCAUGUUUGAAAAGUGUAUGCAUAAAGGCUACCAACCUUUUAGGUAUUAUAUUUAUAAGAGGACAAGUGCUGGUUGAACUGUGUUAUGAGACGAUUUUAGAAAAGAUGGAACAACAGGAUGCUUUUCUAACAUCUUUGAACAGCAGCAAACCCACAUAUGAAGGACUAUUUUAUUGUAUCAAUGCCCAGAUCAGUGCUGAGUGACAACAGGAAAGUUCAUGAUGGUGUCAUUAUGUUUUAUGUUGAAUUAUUUAAGUGAGACGCAGGAUGAGAUAGCGUUUUACGAAACAAAAACUCCAGUCACACAACUGCAGUUUUUCCACUAGAUUUCGGUGGCAUCUUCUAACCCUGUUGUCAGAGCGCGUGGGUCACUGUUUCAUGUAGUUAUAUACUAUUUGGAAUUAUCGUCAUCUUAGCUUGCUCAGUGAAUAUAUUUUAUGUUUUUGUUUCUCAUUUUACGUGUUUCACAUAGGAUGGACACUGACAACAAAGCAAUUGUUAAAGCACCUUAAGAUAUAUGUUUUAUCAUUCAUUGUCCUUCACGUCACCCCCCUGUCAUCCACUAUCUCAGCUGAUGUGACAACACUCCGUGUGUGUGUGUGUGUGUGCGUGUGUGUGUGUGUGUGUGUGUCUGUGGUGUUUUUGUAAGCCUUUUGUAUGAGAGCUGUAAAAUGGCCAACAUCCACAUGCUUUAUAAAGUCAGCUUUUUCUCACCCAC